CUAUUGCCUGUGAUGGAAGAACUUGAUGUUAAUGUGAGUUCGAGUGAGGGGUUCGGCGUGGCAGAGAAGAUCGCACUGCUCACCUUUAUCUCGGCGGUUAUACUCAUGGCGAUCCUGGGGAACUUGCUGGUGAUGGUGGCAGUAUGCAGAGACAGGCAGCUCAGGAAAAUCAAGACCAAUUAUUUCAUUGUCUCACUUGCCUUUGCGGACCUGCUGGUGUCGGUGCUGGUGAUGCCCUUUGGAGCUAUUGAGCUGGUUCAGGAUAACUGGAUUUAUGGAGAGAUGUUCUGCCUGGUCCGAACAUCUCUAGAUGUCCUGCUCACCACAGCAUCAAUCCUUCACCUGUGCUGUAUCUCCCUAGACAGGUACUAUGCUAUCUGCUGCCAGCCUCUGGUUUACAGGAAUAAGAUGACACCACUGCGCAUUGCUCUAAUGCUUGGAGGGUGCUGGACCAUCCCGACAUUUAUUUCUUUUCUCCCUAUAAUGCAAGGCUGGAAUAGCAUUGGUAUAUUAGACUUGAUACAACAAAGACAGUUCAACAAGGCUUCCAACUCAACCUACUGCGUGUUCAUGGUCAACAAACCCUACGCCAUCACCUGCUCAGUGGUGGCCUUCUACAUUCCAUUCCUCUUGAUGGUGCUGGCCUACUAUCGGAUUUACAUCACGGCCAGGGAGCACGCCCGCCAGAUCCGGAUCCUCCAGCGUGCAGGGGCGCCCACAGAGGGGAGACACCACCCGGACCAGCAUAGCUCUCACCGUAUGAAGACUGAGACCAAAGCUGCCAAGACCCUGUGUAUCAUCAUGGGGUGCUUCUGUCUGUGCUGGGCCCCGUUCUUUAUCACUAAUGUCGUGGACCCGUUCAUAAAUUAUACUGUACCUGAGCAGCUGUGGACAGCUUUCCUGUGGUUGGGCUACAUCAAUUCAGGGUUGAACCCCUUCCUGUAUGCCUUCCUGAACAAGUCUUUCAGACGUGCCUUCCUCAUCAUUCUGUGCUGUGGAGACGAACGCUACCGAAGGCCUUCCAUCUUGGGGCAAACUGUCCCCUGUUCCACCACCACUAUAAAUGGAUCGACGCACGUGCUAAGGUACACAGUUUUACAUAAUGGGCAUCAUCAGGAACACGAGAAGCUUCCCAUCCACAAUGACCCAGAAUCCCAGGAGUCCUGUUUCUAAUGAAGACCCUGGCAGAGGAACCGCACACCUGCACACCAGAUGAUUUUGGGGCAGCAGGACUCUAAUGCAAGCUCAUUUGCCUGCAUUUCCCUGGUGCCUCCUGUAUUGAUUUGAUAGGAAUGGCUAACAGCAUGAAGAUAGUGACUGACGAGGCUGAGGAGGGGAUGCAAUGUGCAGAACAAUUGAGGAGACCUCUCUGUUGCUGCAGGAGGAUGUCUGGACUUUAUUAACGCAGCAGGGCCUUAAUGUCAGUGCUUUACAGAGGUGUGCAAACUUCCAUCCCUGUAUACAAAGAGCACACACACAAGCCCUCGCACACACAUACCCACACUGAGAUUUAUGGUUUUUCGCCAGCUGCCAUUUUUUGCUGCAUGCCGCCUCUUUGUUUUGUGGCCACAAUAUUGUGAUCUUAAAGAUUUCAAAGUCUGACUUGAAGCUGUAACGCUGAACUGCAGUAAAUGCCUCCUUUGUCUGCUCAAGGUCACACCUACGCCUAACAUGGUGCUGUCAGGAGAGACGUAGUGCUUAUGUUUUCUUUCUGAAAAGAAAAGGAAUUCUUUUCCUUCUCGGUUAUCUUCAAUGGUGAGAUCUGUCAGUGUGAGCUGACAAUUCCCUCUGUCCAGCGCAAUAUCAAAUGGAAACAGUGUUUCCCUGUAGAUACUUUCCAGUGAGGGUCCUGACCAAGAUCUCUGGUAAAAGAGCCAAUGAGCAAAAAUAGCCCAUGAGGAUCUAAAAUGCAGCCCACAGAGACAUAUCAUCUUUGAUAUGGAGACAUGGCCCACACAGAGACUGCAAGUCCCAGCAAGUGCUGAUCUAUAUUAGCCAGAAGACAGUAGUCACAGUCUGCCCCAUUUUCUACCUAUUAGAUGCAGUAGUCCUUAUUUGGGCAAACUUUGGGCAUCCCGCCUGUAAAAGAAAGGUUGAUCAAGAGACAAAGUCCUUAGGGAAUAUCAAUCUGUAAUAGCUCACUAAGUGCCAUGUUGAUAAAUAUAUGCCAUCUAAAGAGCUUUUCUAGCUACAGUUGGAAGACAAACUCCUACUUGGGUGUUUUGCUUUUUCUUCCCUCCCCUCCCCCCAUCCACCUAUGAGGCUUAAAAAAAAAACAAAAAACAAACUUCAGAACUUUCAAAUGUUGCCCGAUGCACCUGCCCUUUUACAAUAAUCUCAUAUCCUAGCUACUUCCUGCAUGCAGCUAUUACUACAUUCCUUGUAGGCAGCUUCCUCCUUUGCAUGUAAAUGACAGGCAACGCUGUAGAUCUAGGAACCCUGGGAGUCUGAUUUUCGUGCAGUGGGAAAUACACAGGUUCUACAUCGUGGGCCUGUAACCUCCUUAGAUGAAGAUCUAACCCAAAGAUGACGGCCUUAGCCUGGAAAACAGAAAUGUAUUUUGUUACAUUGUGUAAUCAUGUACAGAUUUUUUUUAAUGUAAAGAAAAAAGUUGACAUUAUUUAUUAUUAUUUUUAAAAAGAAGUGUUUUUUCCAUUCUAAGCUUCUAAAACAUGGGAGUUUAACAUAUAAAUAUUAUUUUAUUAAUGUUCUGUUGCUAUGUGACAGGUAUCUACUGUAAAAACAACCUGCUUUGAACAAAGAAAAAGUAUUGCUGAGAAAGAGAAUUUUGUGCAUGAUAACAGCAAGCAGGUUUCCAACCAUGGUGUCUGAUUAUCCUUGACUUCCUUGAAAUGUUCUUUGCACUUGGAAAAACUCCAUGCUAAAGUGUCUCAUCUUUUUCUUUUAAAAAUCAUUAGUGCACUGGCCAGGAAUAGCCCUAAUUAGAUGAAAUGGUAGAGCCAAAUAAUUUUAAUUUAGAAAGCCCGAAGAGGUUAGCAGCAGGCACAAAACUGUUGGCUUUAAUACUUCAUAUUUUACUACAGGCACUGGCAGUAAAUAUAAGAUGUUCUAAGAGAGCGCGUGAGAGACGCAAUUUGACAAAGGCCCAGUUC